AUGGACGACUUUGUCGAGGACGGCUGCAUACAUUUUGUGUACUGCAGCAUCUUAUCCGUAUAUUUUUGGAUCGCCGUCGCGUUGACAUAUUCUUCAGACAUCCGCUCAAUUGGCGGCGUUGGGUUGUGGCUAGAUCUCGCCGUGCAACUAGGUUGUCUAGUGUUCGGUGAGCUCAUCAACUAUUUCAGCUGGGUGGAAAUACUCGGACGUCAACUUGGCCGAUUUCAUUGGAUUUUCUCCUUGCCGAUUUUUCUUGGCCUGAGGGCCCUAGCUGGUGGCAAGAAUGGUCACUGCGUGCGUUUUUGGGAGGGUAGCCAACCGCUGCGUCAAGUUGACAUAUGCGACAUCGAGGAAUGGAAGGACUUCCGGGGAAGCAUCUAUUUCCGAGAUGGUGCCGUCACCCAACACGGUCAUACAAUGCCGCCUGUUUCCAUCAACAUCACGGCCUGUUUUUCCAUAGCCGGAGGCAACCAACCCGACCGGCAGGAAGGCUGCCACUUCAUGCUGCGACCCGUGUUCCAAUGUGAUGCUGACGGUCCCGACGGCGGCUUGCCACUAUCCUGUGUCGAGCCGCGUGCUUGCGCGUGGGCGAUCACUGCGAACACCAGCAGCAUUCCUGAACCGCCUCAAAGCCCCGACUGUUUCAGUUCGGGUCUCUGUGGCUUCGUGACUGACCUGGAGCAGCUCAUGCCUGGUAUGCCGCAUGUGAAUGCCAGCAUGAGUGCCUUUCAAGAUGCCCUGGAUGCAGCUGGACGACACUUCCCAGGACAUCUCACGUCAGAAAGCCCGUUGCUGUACCUCAUCAACCCGGUCGAGGUGACUGGAUCUUUGGGAGUCUGGGUUCCGAUAUACUAUGUCUUACUCUUCAUCUAUGUUCCCUUUGGGAUCCUCCUUGCCUGGCUACAGCCUGUGUGGCAGUCCGGCUGUGGAGGAGCACUGCAAAACUAUGUUGACUUCUUGGAAGACCUAUCUGAGGACGACACGGACUGA